AUGUCAAUUAGUGAUUAUUUUAAAAAUAAUUCUGUUACUGCAAGUCCUCGGAUUGGAGGAGGAAAGAAGAGCAGCAACAACAAUACUCCUGCAAAAUUGACACUAGAAGGUGAAGGAGAAAAAUCAACAAUUCCAUGGGUUGAAAAAUAUCGUCCAAAAAAAGUGGAUCAAGUUUUAUGUCAAGAAGAGGUUGUAGCUGUUUUGAAUAAAUGUUUGAAUGGAGCUGAUUUGCCAAAUAUUUUAUUUUAUGGUCCUCCUGGAACCGGAAAGACUUCUUGUGCAAUAGCUCUUUGUCGUCAACUUUUUCCUUCAUCACAGCUUUAUAAAGACAGAGUUUUGGAAUUAAAUGCUUCUGAUGAGAGAGGAAUUAAUGUUGUUAGAAAUAGGGUUAGUUUAUUUUUCUUAAGUUCUAUUUUGAGACCCAAAUCUUAA